AUGAGUGAGGACGACGGAAAUCUUUCAGCCCCUGCUGCUCACUACAUUACAAAGGUAGCCGUCAAGCUUCCAGAUUUCUGGUCCGACGAUCCUGAUCUCUGGUUCAUUCAUGCCGAGUCUGCAUUCCGUAAUGCUCAGAUUACGCAAUCGAGAACAAAAUUUGAUCAUGUUUUGCAAAAACUCCUGCAGAACAUCAUGGUGUCCGUAUGUGGCCUGAUUCUUAGUUCGUCUGCUACGUCCUCUACGCCCUACGAGGAUCUGAAGGAGAAGCUGGUAGCCUCUUACACCUUGUCUCGCUGGCAGAGGGUGUCCAAAGUUAUUCACCAUCCUGCGUUAGGUGACCGCCGCCCCACAGCUUUGAUGGACGCCAUGCUGGCCUUACUCCCUGAAGAUGAAGUACCAGGUAGCCUGUUCCUUGGUCUGUUUCUUGAGAGGUUACCUGUAGAGAUGAGAGACCACCUGGUGGCCAAGGAUUUCAAGAAUCCAAGCGAGAUGGCAUUACACGCAGAUAAGUUAUGGGAUGCUCGUAGAGCACAAGCAGUUGAUCCUCUCCUAGCUGCAGCUUCUACGUCUCCUUCUCGUGCUCGAGGGAGGGAGCGUUCUGAUGGUUCUCCUGUCCGCCGAAGCCAGACUCCAGGUCCAGCUGGUGCAGGUGAAUGCUAUUUUCACAAAUGGUUUGGAAACUCUGUGAAUAACUGCCGUCCUCCAUGCAGUUUCCAGGGAAACUCCAGAGCCGACGGGAGAAGGAGGAAUUAA